AUCAGAAAAUAGUGGGCAUUUCCGUAAAAUUCUUUUUCUGCUUCACCCCACAUAAAACAAGGACAUAGAUUUUUUUGAAGCAGAAACAAAUGGCGAGCACUUUGUUGUCUGUUCACACCUGUCUUCUCUCACAAAGGAGGGAAAAGAUUGGAUGCUUGAGUGGUUUCAGGACUUCAAUUUGUGGUGGACAAGUUGUGUUCAGUCCAAAUUUCUCUGGGAGACAAAUAAGUGGAAGCAAUGGAAACCGUUUUGUUGUUAACUCAUUGCUUGGAUUUGGUAAGAGGGUGAAGACUAAGAGUAGAAGAGAGACUGUGAUUCCUGAACCAGAUUACAGGAUUCCUAUUGUGUUACUCGGUAUAGCUGGUGGGUUGGUUUACACAGAUAAUCUAGUGCCUGCAGUACCUGUUGGUCUUCUUGGAUUGCUUCUGUUGUUCCAGACGACUAGAGUGAGAUUCGUCUUUGAUGAUGAGGCUCUGGAGGUAAAGGUAGGUGAUCAGCUCGAGGAGUCAGGUGAGAAUGCUUUUGUGGGAGGAAAAAACCGGUGGAAUUACUCAACAUUUGUUAAUUGGGAAUUCUGGUGGCCAAACUUCCCUAUCUUGGUUUACUUCAAGGAGACACAAACAAAGCCCGAGGGACAGAUUCAUUUCUUCCCAAUAAUCUUUAAUGGAAAGCAGCUUUAUGACAUCAUGGUGGAAAGAGCCGGCCCUUCAAAAAAUAGUGGGCCAAGAGAAUCCUAAGGUCUGCGCUGUAUGGUUAAAACCUCAGGUAUACCAAAUUUAGUAACGAGAUACAGGUUUCUGUUUAAUAUGCCAAUGUUACUAGGCAGUAUAGUUUGACAAUUGGCAAUUGUCUUCCAUUCGUGCAUCCUGUUUUAACUUACUAGAUUGAGCAUCAACCUCAUUAGGCUGUAAAAUUCUAAUUUGUAUGAGGUCCCUGCUUAGGUCACUAGUUGUGUGACUUAUGUUUUCUCCCCUUAAUCAUUUAGCAUAAGAGGGUCUAAGCAAAUUUUUGAAGGAUAACUGUAAGUCUACUGAAAUUCUCCUGAUGUGCCACAAGUUACAUAGCCCUUGCUUUAAUGUUUGACAAAUUAUCAACAGAUAAAUUUUCAUGUGG